AUGAAAGUCCUAUGUGUAGCGGAAAAGAACUCAAUAGCUAAGGCUGUGUCUGGCAUUCUUGGUGGAGGUCGAUUAUCAGUGAGAGACUCGGGAUAUACAUAUAUCAAGAACUAUGAUUUCAAUUACAGUGGCUUUUCAUUUGCAGGUGGUAAUGAUGUGCAAGUGACCAUGACCAGUGUGGCUGGCCAUUUGACUGGGGUUGAUUUUGCUCAUGAGCAAUACGGAUGGGGCAAUUGUCGAAUUGAGCAGUUGUUUGAUGCACCACUCAACGAGGUCAUGGACAAGAACCAACAGAAAAUAGCAGCAAAUAUACGGCGGGAGGCAAAGUUUGCUGAUGUUUUGAUGAUUUGGACAGAUUGUGAUAGAGAAGGUGAAUAUAUCGGAUGGGAAGUGUAUAUGGAGGCUCAGAAGAGCAAUAGGAGGUUAAAUGAUAAUCAAGUUUACAGAGCAGUAUUUUCGCACUUGGAGAGAAGUCAUAUACUACAAGCGGCACAUAGGCCUCACCGCCUGGAUAUGAGAAGUGUCAACGCCGUAAGGACUAGAAUAGAGAUUGAUCUUCGAGCUGGUGUUACCUUCACUAGGUUACUUACUGAAACAAUGAGAAACAAAGUUGCCAGUUCACAAAGUGAGGGUCCCAGUAGGAAUAAUAGAAGAGAUAUGCCGGUUAUCUCUUAUGGUACUUGCCAAUUUCCGACAUUGGGGUUCGUAGUAGAUAGAUUUGAGCGGAUACGACAUUUCAUCCCGGAAGAGUUCUGGUAUAUACAACUUAACAUCAAAGGUGAGGAAGGGGAGAGUAAGCCAAUACAAUUUCAAUGGGAUCGAGGGCGUUUGUUUGACAGGUUUAGCGUGUUGUCUAUUUAUGAGAUGUGUCUGGAACAAGAUGGUGACUCUGCACGGGUAUCUGAUAUCAAAUCAAAACCAACAUCAAAAUACAAGCCGCUACCUUUAACUACUGUUGAGCUCCAGAAGAAUUGUGCAAGGUUUUUAAGGAUUAAUGCGAAGCAAUCUUUGGAUGCCGCCGAGAAGCUUUACCAGCGCGGGUUUAUAUCCUAUCCCAGGACGGAAACCAAUGUUUUUCCUAGUACAAUGGAUUUAAAGUCAUUGGUGGAGAAGCAAGCGCAGCUAGAUCAACCUGCUCAAGGACGAUCAGACUGGGCAGAGUAUGCUGCAAAUCUCCUCAAUGGCUCCGGAUCUAAUGGCAACAGGUUUAUGUUCCCUAGAAGCGGUAAUCGAGACGAUAAGGCGCAUCCGCCAAUCCAUCCUAUUGUUAGUGUUGGCAGGGAUGUCACUAGUUUAAACCCCACUGAGAAAAGAGUGUAUGAGUACAUAUGUCGGCACUUCUUAGCCAGUUGUUCCGAGGAUGCGAAGGGUCAGCAGACUACGAUCAGUCUCGACUGGUCUGGGGAGCGAUUCUACGCAAACGGAUUAAUGGUCACUGAGCGUAAUUUCCUCGAUGUGUACCCGUGGGCACGAUGGGAGACUACACGUCAAUUACCUCGUUUGGAGAUAAACCAGCAGUGUAAGAUACUGAAGGCGGAAAUGAAGAACGGUAGCACCAGUCCUCCGAAGCCCAUGACAGAGAGUGAACUUAUUGUGCUGAUGGAUGCCAAUGGUAUAGGCACAGAUGCCACCAUUGCUGAGCAUAUAGAGAAGAUACAGAUGCGUAGCUACGUGCAAAGUCAGAAAGUGGGCAAGGAGACUUACUUGCAACCUACCAUACUUGGCAGAGCACUAGUCCAUGGGUUUGAAGCCAUUGGACUGGAGGACUCGUUUGCCAAACCCUUUCAACGCAGAGAGAUGGAAGAAAUGCUAAGACAGAUAUGCGAUGGCGCCACAGACCGACCCCGCGUGGUGUCUGACAUCCUCAGCAAGUUCCGCAGGUACUGGAACAAGACCAACGGAUCCAAGAACACUUUACUUGAAGUAUACGACCGUACAUUGAGGAACCAAUAG